AUGACGCUACGACGAAAAAACGACAUCAUUAAAAUCUUACUUCGACAGGCUGUUCAAAAUGAUGACUGGACGUUGAUAAACUUUACAUUGACUAAGUGUUGGAAUAAGUCAAAAAUAUUUGAAACAAAUGAAGGGGAAAAUAGUUUAUUGCAUGAAUCGUGUGAACGAAACUAUACCAACACGACGCGAGUGUUAAUUAUGCAUGGUAUGGAUGUGAAUACGAGAAACAACGACGGCGAUACAUGUUUACACGUUGCCGUCAAUAAUGUAAGUAUGUCGAUAGUAUUCUUAUUGCUUGAAGCUGGUGUUAAUCCCUUUACUGAAAAUAAAAAUGGACAACAGGCUAUAGAUUUAGCAAAAUGUGAUAUUCUGAAGGAUAAACUCAGAAAAUACAGCCGCAGAUGUUCUGAAAUAAAAUUGAUAAAAAAUUUAACAUCAUGGAAACGUAUGGUUGAGGAAGAAGAAAAACGAGACACACUUUUGAAAGCGAAGGAGCAAGAAUUUUUACAAAAUCGAAAGUUGUCCCAUCAAUCUUUAAUCCACACAGUGGUCACAUCAACCUCAAUGAAACGUGCUGAUUCAGGAAUCAUAUCAGAUGCCGAAAGUGAUAAAUCUAGCUCAUUGUCAGCUUCUAGUAUCACAGCAGAUUCAACAUCUCCUCAAGAUCUAGAUAAUGCAGAAAAAGUGAAAAGAAAGAGCAAUACUUUUAGUUUCAAAGAAAUCAGCAACCAAUACGCUGUUGUUAUUCGCAAAAUAAGCUCUUCUAAACAAACACCAGGAAGUGAGAAUAAUGCACAAAUGAUUGGGAAUGACGAGACAAAAUACAGUAGUUUAAGAGUUUCUUCUUUGUAUGGAAAUAAGAAAACACCAAACAGUAAAAGAAGAAAGAAAUUCGAUAGGACUCAAAGAAUGUCUAUGCCAGAGUUACCCAUAUUUGCUACGCCAGAGAGUUACAUAUAA